AAGAUCGCCGACUUCGGGGUGGGGCGCAUCCUGAACCAGACCAUGGACCCCUGCAACUCCUCCGUGGGCACCAUCGCGUACAUGAGCCCCGAGCGCAUCAACACCGACCUCAACGACGGCAACUACAACGGCUACGCCGGCGACAUCUGGAGCUUCGGCCUCAGCAUCCUCGAGUUCUACCUGGGCCGCUUCCCGCUCGGGGAGAACCUGGGGAAGCAGGGCGACUGGGCGGCCCUCAUGUGCGCCAUCUGCUACUCCGAGUCGCCGGCGGCGCCGCCCCCCGCGUCCCCGGAGCUGCGGAGCUUCAUCAGCUGCUGCCUCCAGAAACACCCGGCGAAGCGGCCGUCCGCGGCGCAGCUGCUGCAGCACCGGUUCAUCGCCUCGCCGCCGCCGCAGCAGCCGCAGGCCCUCGCCGCCCCGCCGUGCUGACGGCUCCCCGCCGUAACCAAGUUAAAUUCGGAGGGAUCAUGGGUGGACGGUGGCCGGUGGCGAGACGUGGGAUCUAGGAGGAGGGGCGAUCGAUCUUUCCUCCUCUUAGCCAUUUUGGGUAGUGAAGCCACCACCACAAAUUUACCCAUCCAAUCCCUCUGUUGUUGCCGUCGCUCCUGAAAUUAAGCUCAAGCUUUUUCUUUAGUUCCUGUUAAUGUCAAUUAAAUGUUGUCCCCUCCAAAAGAUGAUGAUUAUUCUGAUGAUGAUGAUGAUGAUGAUUCUGAUGA